CCGAAACCUCAGCAGCCCUGAACGCUUUGCAGGUUAUCAUGGUGAUAACACACACAUCUUCCCUGGCCUGAGCCCCUGCUGCAGCAACAAAGGAUUUGUAUUGCUUCAUGAAAACACACACCGAGUCCCAUGCAGUGCGGAUCCCCGCCGCCGGAGUGUUAGCCCAGAUUGGAGGAAGGACAUAGCGUGUGACCGCCAUGGCAGCGUCGGAGCUGUACACAAAGCGUGCUCGGGUGUGGAUCCCUGAUGCAGAGGAGGUGUGGAAGUCUGCUGAGCUGAACAAUGACUACAAAAAUGGCGACUCCUCCCUGCAGCUCAUGCUGGAGGAUGGAACGAACAUUGAGCACAAACUCGACCCCAAGACGAAGAACCUGCCUUACCUGCGAAACCCUGACAUCCUGGUGGGAGAGAAUGACCUCACAGCGCUCAGCUACCUCCACGAGCCGGCCGUGCUGCACAACCUCAAAGUCCGCUUCAUCGACUCCAAGCUCAUCUACACCUACUGCGGAAUCGUCCUGGUGGCCAUCAACCCGUAUGAGACGCUGCAAAUCUACGGAGCGGACAUCAUCAACGCCUACAGCGGCCAGAACAUGGGAGAUAUGGACCCUCACAUCUUCGCUGUGGCAGAGGAGGCUUACAAACAGAUGGCCAGAGAUGAAAGGAACCAGUCGAUUAUUGUGAGCGGGGAGUCCGGAGCAGGAAAGACGGUAUCAGCCAAAUACGCCAUGAGAUACUUUGCUACGGUCAGCGGCUCCACCAGCGAGGCCAACGUGGAGCAGAAAGUGUUGGCCUCCAACCCCAUCAUGGAGGCCAUUGGAAAUGCAAAGACCACCCGAAACGACAACAGCAGUCGCUUUGGGAAAUACAUCGAGAUCGGCUUCGACACUCGCUUCCGUAUCAUCGGCGCCAACAUGAGAACAUAUCUGCUGGAGAAAUCACGAGUGGUGUUUCAGGCGGACGAGGAAAGGAAUUACCAUAUCUUCUAUCAGCUCUGUGCAUCAUCCCAUCUGCCCGAGUAUGAGAAACUAAAGCUCAGCAGUGCAAACGACUUCCUGUACACCAAGCAGGGCCGCAGCCCUGUUAUCGAAGGCGUGGACGACACCAAGGAACUCUGCUCCACUCGCAAUGCCUUCACUUUGCUCGGUAUUAAUGAGUCCUAUCAGAUGGGGCUGUUCCAGGUUUUGGCUGCUAUUCUUCAUCUUGGAAAUGUGGAAGUAAAGGACAGAGACUCAGACAGCAGCAUCAUUCCACCCAACAAUCACCACCUGACUGCGUUCUGUGAGUUGGUCGGCGUGACCUACCAGGAUAUGUCUCAGUGGCUGUGCCACAGGAAGCUGAAGACGGCCACAGAGACGUAUGUCAAGACGCUCCCUCGCCUGCAGGCCACCAACUCCCGUGACGCGCUCGCCAAACACAUCUACGCCAAGCUCUUCAACUGGAUUGUGGAGCACGUUAACAAAGCGCUGAUCACCAACAUCAAACAGCACUCCUUCAUCGGAGUCCUGGACAUCUACGGGUUUGAGACGUUUGAGAUCAACAGCUUUGAGCAGUUCUGUAUCAACUACGCUAAUGAGAAACUCCAGCAGCAGUUCAACAUGCAUGUGUUCAAGCUGGAGCAGGAGGAGUACAUGAGGGAGCAGAUCCCCUGGACUCUGAUCGACUUCUACGAUAACCAGCCCUGCAUCAACCUCAUAGAGGCUAAAAUGGGCAUCCUGGAUCUGCUGGACGAAGAGUGCAAGAUGCCCAAAGGUACGGAUGAUUCUUGGGCUCAGAAACUUUACAACACACACCUGAAGACCUGCUCCCUCUUUGAGAAGCCACGCAUGUCCAACCGCGCCUUCAUCAUUCAACAUUUUGCUGACAAGGUGGAGUACCAGUGUGACGGUUUCCUGGAGAAGAACAAGGACACAGUGAAUGAAGAACAGAUCAAUGUGCUGAAGGCCAGCAAGUUUCCCCUGCUGGUAGAGUUGUUCCGGGAUGGGGAGAAAGCCACCAGUCCCACGGGUCAGGCCCCCAGCACCGGAGGACGGACCCGCCUCAGCGUCAAACCUGUGAAGGGCCGUGAGAGCAGCAGCAGGGAGCACAAGAAGACUGUCGGCUGCCAGUUUCGUAACUCCCUGGCGAUGCUGAUGGAGACUUUGAACGCGACCACCCCGCACUACGUACGCUGCAUCAAACCCAACGACUUCAAGUUGGCCUUCUCGUUUGACCCGAAGCGUGCGGUGCAGCAGCUCAGAGCCUGUGGUGUCCUGGAAACCAUUCGCAUCUCUGCUGCGGGUUUCCCAUCCAGAUGGACGUACCAGGAGUUCUUCAGCCGUUACAGAGUGCUGAUGAAGCAGAAGGAUGUGUUACCUGACAAGAAGUUGACCUGCAGAAAUGUUCUGGAAAAACUUGUGGAGGACCAGGAUAAAUAUCAGUUUGGUAAGACCAAGAUCUUCUUCAGGGCCGGUCAGGUGGCCUACCUGGAGAAGUUGAGGGCAGAUAAGUUGCGUGUCGCCUGCAUUCGCAUCCAGAAAACCAUCCGCUGCUGGCUGGAGCGCAAGAGGUAUCUGCGCAAACGCAGCGCCGCCAUCACCAUCCAGAGGUUCACCAGAGGAUACCAGGCCCGCCGCCUUGUCAAGUACAUGCGUCGCACGCAGGCAGCCACCACCAUCCAGAAGUACCAGAGGAUGAUUGUGGAGAGGAAACGCUACCGGCAGAAGCAGGCUGCUGCUCUCGUCAUGCAGACCAUCCUCAGAGCGUACAUGGCCCGGCAGAAGUACCAAUCGUUGCUGCGGGAGCAAAAGGUGGUGAUCAUCCAGAAGCGUGUGCGCGGCUGGUUGGCUCGCUGCUGGUACAAGCGCUGCCUCGAAUCCAUCGUCAUCCUGCAGUGCUGCAUCCGCAGGAUGAGGGCCCGGCGCGAGCUGAAGAAGCUAAAGAUCGAGGCUCGCUCCGUCGAGCACUUCAAGAAGCUCAACAAAGGCAUGGAGAACAAGAUCAUGCAGCUGCAGAGGAAGAUCGACGAGCAGACCAAGGACAAUCGGAUUGUCAAAGAGAGGUUCGUCGGUCUGGAGACUUCCUUCACAGUGGAGAGCGAGAAGCUUCGUGCCGAGGUGAACCGGCUGCGCGGGGUGGAGGAGGACGCCAAGAACAAAGGCAUCCAGCUGUGCUCGCUGCAUGAGCAGCUGGAGAAGCUGAAGAAGGAGCUGAGCACCACACAGAAAGAGAAGAAGACCAUCGAAGACUGGGCCAAAAACUACAGGGAGGAAAUGGAGAAGAUGGUCACGGAGCUGAAGGAUCAGAAUGGCACGCUGAAGAAGGACAAGGACGACCUGAACAGGAUGAUUCAGGAACAGAGUCAGCAGAUGACAGAGAAAAUGGCCCGUACGAUCGCACAGGAGACCCAGCAGCUGGAGACGGAUCUGAACGAGGAGCGAUCUCGCUACCAGAAUCUGCUGAGGGAGCACCUGCGCCUGGAGGAGAAGUACGACGACAUGAAGGAGGUGAUGGCUUCCUCGAACGCCUCCAAGCCUGGCCACAGGAGAACAGAUUCCACGCACAGCAGCAACGAAUCAGAGUACACCUACAACUCCGAGUACGCCGAAUUGGAGGAAGGUUCCCGUGCUGCGGAAGAUGUGACUCGGGGAAUAGACACGUCCCUAACACUGAAGCUGCAGAAACGCCUCACCGAGCUCGAGCAGGAGAAGCAGUCGCUGCGCAACGAGCUGGAAAACAAAGAGGACCAGUUCCAGCGGGCUAGAGCCAGGGAUGACGUUGAGUUUAAAAAGGCUCGCGGGGCAGAGCUGGAGUACGAGUCACUGAAGCGCCAGGAGCUGGAGUCAGAGAACAAGAAGCUGAAACAUGACCUGGCGGAGAUUAGGCAAAGCCUGCUGGGUAACGCUGCUACAGGUGCCGGGGCCCCGGGCUCCCCAGCCUACAAGGUGGUGUUAGAGCAGCUGAACUCCUCCUGUGAGGAGCUGGAGGUCCGUAAGGAGGAGGUACUGAUCCUGCGCUCACAGCUGGUCAGCCAAAAGGAAGCUAUGCACCACAAGGAAACCAUGACCGAGCCUUCAGUCUACGCUGAGGAUGUUUCCAAACUGAAGGACUCUGAUGAAAUCAAGCAAGCCUACGUAGGACUUAAAGACACCAACAGAUCUCCUAGGUUCAUGCGUAAGCCGUUGGAAGUCAGUGAUCUCCUGAGUAGGCUGAGAUCUGCCGCUCCAGACCUCCAUAAGCUGAAUGAGGAUGGAGAGCUGUGGCUGGUUAAUCAGGGCUUAAAGGAAACCAUCAGGUUACUGGAGCACCAGCUGCAGACUCAGCGCAGAGGCUACGAUAACGAGGUGGAGUCGUUGCGUGGCGAGCUGCAGAACGUGAAGGAGGAGAACAACCGUCAGCAGCAGCUCUUAGCCCAAAACCUCCAGCUGCCUCCAGAGGCCCGCAUCGAAGCCAGCCUGCAGCACGAGAUCACCCGACUCACCAACGAGAACCUGGAGCUCCUGGCUGAGGACCCAGAAGCAUCCCGAGAGGCUCGUGUCAUCAUUUUACGACGGAUGGUUGAUCUAAUGGAGCAGCUGGAGAAGCAGGACCGAACCAUCCGCAAGCUGAAGAAGCAGCUGAAGGUUUACUCCAAGAGGAUCGGAGAGAUGGGAGCGGGUCAAACCGAGGGACAGACGUCUCCGGGACAGAUGGUGGAUGAGCCAAUUCAUCCUGUCAACAUUCCCCGCAGGGAGAAAGAUUUCCAAGGGAUGCUGGAGUACAACAAGGAGGAUGAGCUCAAACUGGUCAAGAACCUCAUCCUGGAGCUGAAGCCUCGAGGCGUAGCUGUGAAUCUGAUCCCAGGUCUGCCGGCCUACAUCCUGUUCAUGUGUCUGCGGCAUGCGGACUAUGUCAACGAUGACCAGAAGGUCCGCACCCUGCUCACCUCCACCAUCAACAGUAUUAAGAAGAUCCUGAAGAAACGAGGAGACGACUUUGAGACCGUCUCCUUCUGGCUGUCCAACACAUGCCGCUUCUUGCACUGUCUGAAACAAUACAGCGGAGACGAGGCCUUCAUGAAGCACAACACGCAGAGGCAGAACGAACACUGCCUGUCCAACUUCGACCUGGCAGAGUACCGACAGGUGAUCAGCGACCUGGCCAUCCAGAUCUACCAGCAGCUCAUCAAAUGCAUGGAGAACAUCCUGCAGCCCAUGAUAGUCUCUGGGAUGCUGGAGCACGAGACCAUCCAGGGCGUGUCGGGGGUGAAGCCCACAGGUCUCCGUAAGCGGACGUCCAGCAUCGCCGACGAGGGCACCUACACCCUGGACUCCAUCCUGCGGCAGCUCAGCGCUUUCCACUCCACCAUGUGCCAACACGGCACCGACCCCGAGCUCAUCAAGCAGGUGGUGAAGCAGCAGUUCUACAUCAUCGGAGCCGUCACCCUCAACAACCUGCUGCUGCGCAAGGACAUGUGCUCCUGGAGCAAGGGCAUGCAGAUCAGGUACAAUGUGAGCCAGCUGGAGGAGUGGCUCAGAGACAAAGGUCUGAUGGUAUGUGGAGCUAAGGAGACGCUGGAGCCUCUGAUCCAGGCCGCUCAGCUGCUGCAGGUGAAGAAGAAGACGGACGAGGACGCCGAGGCCAUCUGCUCCAUGUGCCUGGCCCUCACCACGGCUCAGAUCGUGAAGGUCCUGAACCUCUACACUCCAGUCAAUGAGUUUGAGGAGAGAGUAUCAGUUUCAUUCAUACGAACCAUACAGACUCGUUUGCGGGACCGUUGUGAGAGUCCCCAGUUGUUGAUGGACACCAAGAUGAUUUACCCGGUCACUUUCCCGUUCAGCCCGUCCUCCCUCGCUCUGGAAACCAUCCAGAUCCCAGGCUCGCUCAACCUGGCGUUCCUCACACGCGUCUAAACCACACGGCCCCACAGGAGGGCGGAGAAUUUGAUGUAGUGGCCACAUGACACUCACUAGAACCACAAAGACUUUCUACUACACAAUCUUCAAAAGAGAUAUAAAUAAAGAAAAAACACUCAAAAAUAAACACUAUUUGAGCAGUUAUGUGUAAUAAUGACCUGAAAAGCUUCUAAUUCAAAACACGGUUUCCAGUAAAGAGUCGCUGGUCUGAAUCUGGAUACUGACUCAUAAAAUUAAACCCUGAACCACAACCACAUUCUGAACUUUAUGACAUGCAUCUGUACAAAACAUACAUCCUCUGAACGUACACAUGCACGCCUACACUUCUGUGUCACAAAGCGCACAGAUACACUCGCUGGUCUAAAUGUCAUCCAUCCACUGCUUGUAAAAACGCUCGCCUCUUAGAGAAGCCACAGGGCCGGAUCAAUGCCUCCAGUGCUCGCGCUCCAUCGUGUCCGUUUUAGUGGACCCCAGCUUCCAACUCUGUGUGUAAACUCGCUGUAAGAUCUCGUCAUCGUGUCGUUCUCCGGAGAGAAUGUAACAUAUCGAAGGUGUAGAGUCCUCAGAAAGAGAAAUAACUUGAUGAGGUUGAUAUGUCGGGUCUCAAAGUGAAUUUUGAUUCCACCUAGUGAGUGAUAGCCAUGCUAAAGUUAGCGCUCUCCACCCCCAUGUUGAGGUAACCUGGACCGGGGAUUCCUCUCUGAACAUCGUCUGUACCAUAUUAUUUAUACAUAUAUAAAUAUGAAUAAUAUAUAUAUCAUGUAUUUUAUUUAUUGCAUUUACUCCGUCCCCACCCUCCCUUUUUUAGAUUAGAAGCUUUCUCCUCUGAUAUAUGAAGGAUAGGAUCAUGAUUUCCCAGGAUAAACAGCGCUGUAAGGACGGAUUUUGCUCCAUUGUAGGAUAUUUAUGUCUAUCAGGUAAAUGAUGUAGUGUAGUUUAAGUAGUGCGAGCAGAGAUGAUUAUUUCUUAGGUGAAGUCUUAACUUAGAGAUGUGGCUUUACCGUGUUUAUCAUGCAUUUCCUGCAGAUGAGUCGCAGCGCGGGUUUUAACUGAGGAGCGAUUUAGAAAGUUGAAGGUUUGACAAGGGUUUAACAUGCUGCAAUCUGUGCUGUUUACAGCUGUGACCAGAGCUCAAAGAAAACACUGGCACAAAGAUAUGAAGUCACACACACACACACACACACACUCUGCUUUCUGCUGUAUCACCGGGGGAUUGUUUGCACUGUGAGCGUGUUACUCUCCCUUCUCAUCUUCUCUGGUCAAAGCCUGUUUUUUUUUAUCAUCAAUGUGGAACUAUUUAUUUCAGUAUUAUCAUUUUCUUUAGUAUCAAAGUUAUGUAUGUCGUGAAGCAGCCAUGUAUCACUGAGCAGAAAGGACACAAAAUCUCUCUCUGAAGUUGGUUUUUGGGAAGCUUUUCUUGAAUAUAUAUAUGUUUUAUUCCCACAAAAAACUGCAGCUUUGGGUCCAAUUUCUCUCUCCUGUUUUCAUUUAUGUCCAUCCUAUGCCUUCCUGUUCAGCGGCCAACACAACACAACAUAGGCCUUUAUUACCAAAAAACAACAGAAUAUGUGCAACUGUUUUCCAUUUCAAUUGCACUGCAGGGUUAAAUGAAGGUUUACUGAAAAAAGAUAUUUUAUUCUUUUUUUAAAUAUGUUUCAGUCACAUUUGCUACAGUCAGUAUGGCUAAAUUGCUGCUGCUGCCCUCGUAUAAGAAGCAUGAGCUAGGCUUUACUAGUCAUUAGAAAUAAACCUGCACGCUUUUGUUUUGUUGUUUUCUUCUACAGAGAAACAUCUUUGUAGUCUUUAGAUUGGAGAGUGAGGGAAUCUGCCCAUGUGGUUACAAAAAGUCUCUUGUCUGCGUUCACAUUGUCCUCGCUGCCUCGUGUUCAGCACUUUUUUCCCCCUUUUACUUCCUGUUGUGCCAUUAGUAUUAACAGCAAGUUGCCUCUUACCCUCAUGUGAACCUUAUGUUGUCCUCAUGGCCUUUCACACACAUAUUUCACUUGGAUAGAAUGUUUGGUGCUUAAAAAUAUAGGUGGAUGUGAAUCGUCUCCUAAAACUGAACUCGGUACGUUUUAUUUUUAAUGUUUUGUUCCUUCAAAAACCAACCAACAUUCAAACAAAUGGGGUUUUUUUUGCAUUUGCAAUAUCAGUGCACUUGCUCUGGUGGACAUUUAAAUAUUUAAACAUCUUCAAAAUUGUAAGUGGAGUAAAGAGAAGUUAGUAUGUGAAGUUUGUGUUGCACUUGUAUUUGAGAAUAAUUGAAUAUCCGAAUGCUCUCAUUGGGACCACAUGUUGUCAAUCUGCCUUUUUGUUAUAUUAUAUAGGUAGUAUGGUUUUGUGUAAAGAGUACAUAUCUGUGGCAAGGAAGAAUUGGAUUUAUUUAGCAUAUGAAUGUUUCAAGUUGUUAAUGAAGUGUUUUAGCUGCACAUUUUUGGUCAAAGCCUUAUCUGAAUAUUUGCGAUCUGAUUGACUCAAACACACGAUCGUCAUUGUGUCCGUCCAGGGGUUUUUGUGCCACAGGGUUGCACUGUUUUGCCAUUAGUCCAAAAUGCAUUUUUUAGACAUUGCUGAGGAAGACAGAUAAAUAAUAGAUGGACAAGGACUGUAAAAAGAAACACUCCCCACACCUUCCUACUGAACUGCAACCCAUUAAGCUUCCUCUACCACAUUCCCUAUGCGAGUGGGCGCUUCACUUCCUUAAUCAGUGAUUUCUUUUGCAGUUUUAUUCAAAUUAUCAAUUGAUGCAAGCCACAGGAGGGAAGACACUUGGGAAAUGUGUGGAUGCAGCACCAGCUUUCCCACACUUGCUCAGACUAUCUGAUGUAUGAGGAGUAGUUUCAGAGGAGAGUUAGAAAACAUUUGAGUUCAUGUGUUUGUAUCGUUGAGCAGCGUUUUGUUCCCCUGGGCUUCUCUUGGGCUGUCAAACAGAAAUAAGCGUCAUUCCUUUACUCUGCGAUUUUACACGAAGGGGAGAGUUGGUUGUACGAUACGACGUAGACAUUAUAAAUGACCAUUGUUCUUAUCAGCAUUAGCGUUGAUUGUGCCAUUUUAAAUAUUGUUAAAAACUGAUCAUAUAUCAUCACCUCAGCUGUCGUAGUACCGGUGUGAACAUGCUGGUACCAGAUGUUCCCUCUGACCCAUGUGUACAUUUGACAAACUGGACUGUUUGUAGUUUCUGGUAGCUGUGCUUAGUGAAUGUGUUCACCGUUAAGAAACCAAGAAACUUGGAAUAAAUUGUCAAAUCUGUAAAAGUAAAAUAAAAGAAUACAGCACUGUU